AAAUUUUCGCCUAUGCACUUGACAGCGAUCGUACUUAGAGCUCCCAGAGCGCGUUUUGCUUAGGGAGGAACAGGUAGGAGGCGCGGGCUGCCCUGUGCACGCUUGCAGCUCUGGGAGGAGUCUCCACGACUUGGUUGGCUGUGCUUUCUGGUAGCUGCCCGUUGUCCCGGGCGUUGGUUUGUGGGCUACAAGGGGACAGUGCCUGCCGUGGGAGCCGGUCUAAGUCUCAUCCCAGAGUGCGGCUGUUCGCAGCCCGGCGCCAUGCUUCUGCUGGGCAUCUCAAUCCUGGCUCUCGCCUGGCGACCUGCUGGCAGCUCCGAGCCAGAGUGGGAGGUGGUCGUUCCAAUCCGACGGGACCCGGACAUCAAUGGCCGCCACUACUACAGGAGGGGUACGGAGGACUCCGGGGAUCAGGGUCUCAUUUUUCAGAUCACAGCUUUCCAGCAGGACUUUUACCUACACCUGACGCCGGAUGCCCAGUUCCUGGCUCCCGCCUUCGCUACUGAGUAUCUAGGUGUCCCCCUCCAGAGGCUCACUGGAAGCUCUCUAGACCUGCGACGGUGCUUCUAUUCCGGGUACGUGAACGCGGAGCCAGACUCCUUUGCUGCUGUGAGUUUGUGUGGGGGUCUCCGCGGAGCCUUCGGCUACCGAGGCGCGGAGUACGUUAUUAGCCCUCUGCCCAACGCCAGCGCGCCGGCGGCGCAGCGUCACAGCCAGGGCGCACACCUUCUCCAGCGCCGGGGUGCUCCGGUAGGGCCUUCCGGAGACCCCACCUCUCGCUGCGGGGUGGCCUCGGGCUGGAACCCCGCCAUUCUGAGGGCCCUGGACCCUUACAAGCCACGGCGGACGGGCGUGGGGGAGAGUCACAGCCGGCUCAGGUCGGGGCGCGCCAAGCGUUUCGUGUCUAUCCCACGGUACGUGGAGACACUGGUGGUGGCUGACGAGUCAAUGGUCAAGUUUCACGGCGCGGACUUGGAACACUAUCUGCUGACACUGCUGGCCACUGCGGCGCGACUCUACCGCCACCCCAGCAUCCUCAACCCUAUCAACAUUGUUGUGGUCAAGGUGUUACUCCUAGGAGACCGUGACACCGGGCCCAAGGUCACAGGCAACGCAGCCCUGACUCUACGCAACUUCUGUGCCUGGCAGAAAAAACUGAACAAAGUGAGCGACAAGCACCCUGAGUACUGGGACACAGCCAUCCUCUUUACCAGACAGGACCUAUGCGGGGCUACCACUUGUGAUACCUUGGGCAUGGCUGAUGUGGGAACCAUGUGUGAUCCCAAGAGAAGCUGCUCUGUCAUCGAGGACGAUGGGCUUCCCUCAGCCUUCACCACUGCCCAUGAGCUGGGCCAUGUGUUCAACAUGCCUCAUGACAACGUGAAGGUGUGCGAGGAGGUGUUUGGGAAGCUCAGAGCCAACCACAUGAUGUCUCCAACACUCAUCCAAAUCGAUCGUGCCAAUCCCUGGUCAGCCUGCAGUGCCGCUAUCAUCACUGACUUCCUGGACAGUGGGCAUGGUGACUGCCUCCUGGACCAGCCCAGCAAGCCCAUCGCCCUGCCUGAGGACCUGCCUGGCACCAGCUACAGUUUGAGCCAGCAGUGCGAGCUGGCCUUUGGGGUGGGCUCUAAACCCUGUCCAUAUAUGCAGUACUGUACAAAGUUGUGGUGCACUGGCAAGGCCAAGGGGCAGAUGGUGUGCCAGACCCGCCACUUCCCCUGGGCAGAUGGCACCAGCUGUGGUGAGGGAAAGUUCUGCCUCAAGGGGGCCUGCGUGGAGCGACACAAUCCAAAUAAGUACCGGGUGGACGGCUCUUGGGCCAAGUGGGAGCCGUAUGGCCCCUGCUCUCGCACCUGCGGUGGGGGCGUGCAGCUGGCCCGGAGGCAGUGCAGCAGCCCUACCCCUGCCAACGGUGGAAAGUACUGCGAGGGAGUGAGAGUGAAAUACCGAUCUUGCAACCUGGAGCCCUGCCCCAGCUCAGCCUCUGGCAAGAGCUUCCGGGAGGAGCAAUGUGAAGCUUUCAAUGGCUACAAUCAUAGCACCAACCGGCUCACCUUGGCUGUCGCAUGGGUACCCAAAUACUCGGGUGUGUCACCCCGUGACAAAUGCAAGCUCAUCUGCCGAGCCAAUGGCACUGGCUACUUCUACGUGUUAGCGCCUAAGGUGGUGGAUGGCACACUGUGUACGCCCGACUCCACCUCGGUCUGUGUCCAAGGCAAGUGCAUCAAGGCUGGCUGCGACGGGAACCUGGGCUCCAAGAAGAAGUUUGACAAAUGCGGGGUGUGUGGUGGAGACAACAAGAGCUGCAAGAGGGUCACGGGACUUUUCACCAAGCCCAUGCAUGGCUACAAUUUUGUAGUGGCCAUCCCUGCGGGUGCCUCCAGCAUUGACAUCCGCCAGCGUGGCUACAAGGGGCUCAUUGGGGAUGACAACUACCUGGCCCUGAAGAAUAGCCAAGGCAAAUACUUGCUCAAUGGACACUUCGUGGUGUCUGCUGCAGAACGGGACCUGGCGGUAAAGGGCAGCCUGCUGCGGUACAGUGGCACUGGCACCGCGGUAGAGAGCCUCCAGGCUUCUCGACCCAUCCUGGAGCCAUUGACCGUGGAGGUCCUGUCCGUGGGGAAGAUGACACCACCCCGGGUGCGCUACUCCUUUUAUCUGCCCAAAGAACCUCGGGAAGACAAAUCCUCUCGCCCCAAGGACCCUCGGAGUUCCCCAGUGCUGCGCAACAGUGUUCUCAGCCUUUCCAACCAAGUGGAGCAGCCAGACAACAGGCCUCCUGCACGCUGGGUGGCAGGCAGCUGGGGGCCUUGCUCCGUGAGCUGUGGCAGUGGCCUACAGAAGCGAGCAGUGGACUGUCGGGGUUCUCCGGGGCAGCGAGGAGCCUCUGCUUGCGACGCAGCCCAUCGACCAGUGGAGAAACGAGCCUGUGGAGAACCCUGCCCAACCUGGGAGCUCGGCAACUGGUCGCCCUGUUCUAAGAGCUGUGGCCGCGGAUUUAAGAGGCGUCCGCUCAAGUGCAUGGGCCACGGAGGCAGGCUGUUGGCUCGGGAUCAGUGUGACCUGCGUCGUAAGCCCCAAGAAUUGGACUUCUGUGUCUUGAGACCCUGCUGAGGGGGACUGUCCCUUCUACUCCUUAAUUCUUCACCCGCUGUUGUGCUGGUGCUGCGGUCAGCUGGAGCAGGGGACGGUGGCCAGUGGCCUGUGUCACAAUGUCACUCACAUCCAGAACGAGGACCAUGGGUCUGGGCGAGAGGUUCCUUCUUCCUUGGACUGGGUAGGGGGAAGCUAACUAAUGCAUAGUCUACCUCAUGCCCUGCUCCUCGGGGCCCAGUUGUGGCUCGGAGAGGCUUCGACAAAUGGGUGCUGGGCAGAAGGUGCUGAAGCCCUGCUUCCGAGGAACCUGGAAGUUGGGUGCCUUUUAGGCAGAACUUCAGGGACCUUGCUCCCCCCAUCCCCAAUGGAGGCCACAGGCUGCAGUUUGAAGAGCCGUGGCCUGCAGUUUGGCACCCUCAGGUGAUCCCAGGAGCUCUGAGCUAUCCCUGGACAUGGCAGGGGUCUCAUGGUGCUUUCGGCCUUCUUUCUUUUUGACUGAUGUGGACCUAGCAGCAAAAUUGUUCAGGAGUUACUAGAAGCCAAAGGGACAGUGAAUGAGGUUGGGUUCAUUUGGGUGCACCUUUCCUGUUUGGGAAAAGGUGGGUGUAUACAGGGAGUUCCAUGUUUGUUCUUCUUCCAUUGUGACACUCCAUGAAAAACUAGGACUGUGCAACCUGGAUGACCAGGGCAUUAGAUCAGCAGGAGGUAGCACUGAUGUGCCCCCUCAUGCUUUGUGGGCAGCCAGAGAAACGGCAGGACCCUCUUCUUGGUCAAGAGAGCAUGUAUUGCAAACAGACGCUGCCACUUAAAAGGGGAAAUGAUUUGGUGGCUGAAGCCGGGAACACGAGAGCGCUAGAAGGUUCUGCUCUCACUGGGGUGAGGAUGGGUAGGUGCUGAGCUUUGGGAUCUGACUUUAGGGAUGACAUCACUCUGGGAUGGGGAAAAGAAAUUCUGUUGCCUUUGUCAUCUUGAGAGGAAUAUACAAGUGAGUCCAAUGAUGAAGAUACUUCAUGGCCCCAGGGAACUUCCACAGUGACCAUAGCCCUGUACCCAUUGAGAGAGGAGCAGGUGUGCUUGGGAGGCUGAGAUGCUGGCAAAUGAGCCUUCUUCCCUGGCAGCUCCUGCUGUCUCCUGUGGGUAUGCUACAUUGCAUUUCCAAGCCUUCACUUUUUCUUGUAGGUCAAUGGGGCUCAUUGUGUGCUACCUCAGAUCAUGCUCUGUAGGAGAGAAGUAACUCGAUGCUUCUACCACACUCAGCUACCAUCCUCAUAGCUGGAUCUUCCCAUAGAGAUGAGUAUGCGCAUGACUUCCCGGUUCCCACGGCCUGGCUAUCUGCUGGGGCUCUGAAUAUGAAGACAGAGUGAGGUGGAGUGUCUUUUUCUUCAGGUUCCUUGGGAUCAGUUUUUUUUUUUUUCUUGGAAACACUAAGAAUCAAAGCCCUGACCCAGGGACACUGGAAGCCAUCAGCAGAACUACUGGAGACCCAUUUGUCAUUCUUGUAGACAUGUCAGGGAAAUAGGAAUCCAGGUGUUUCUUAUAGCAGGGUACUUCUGGAAGAUCUGGAAGCUCCAGUGUUUAUAGGGUACCUUCAAAGAAUAGGCAGCAUGUCUAGGACCUCAGUGGAGGAUCUGAUGGAGAUAAGACCAAAACCCUUGUUUUAACCGCAGGGGAGGGGGUCCCGUGUCAGUUCUUUGACAUGUUCCUUAGUAGUCAAAAUCUACAUACUGGCCAGCGGCCAGUUUAGUCUCUAGGGCAGAGGUUCUCAACUUGCAGGUUGCAAACCCUUUGGGGAUGGAGUGACCUUUUCACAGGGGUCACAUAUUAGAUAUCCUGCAUAGCAGGUAUUUGCAUUACGAUUCACAACACUAGCACAAUUACAGCUGUGAAGUAACAACGGAAAUAAUUUUAUGGUCGGGGGGGGGAGUCACAACAUGAACUGUAUUAAAGGGUCCCAGCCUUAGGAAGGUUGAGAACCACUGCUCUAGGGAGUUAUUCUAACCCUGGUCAAUCUCUAGGCUGGAGACCUUGGAUAAAGCUCCUAGUGGGUGAAGAGCAUGCAAGCCUCUGAGACUGGGCUACUGAAGGACAGCGUGAGGGGAAGCAAGGAGUACCUAAGAGCUAUAGCGACAAAAGGACCCUGGGGCCUGAGGCUGGAGGGGAGCCUUGCUAGCUGCUGACAGCAUAGUGCCCUGUCUAUCUUGGUGCAGUCUAUCCCGAUGAGUAGAGGUGGUGCUGGAUGUGCAG